UGUAGAUCGCGUUGUUGUAAAAGUCAUGACGCGACUCAAAUAGAAAAGUGUAAUUUUCGAUUUGCCGUAAAGAACUAAAAGUAAUAACUUCUUUUUCUUUUGUGCCACUGUUGCGCAAUUCUUCCAUUGUGUUCGGUGCAACGCUGUUGAGCAGUAGGCGGAAACUGUCAAGAUGACGCGUAUCAAGUCGAAGUACGGGAAGCGCCUGAGCAUCUCUGCGCAGUUGCUGGCUCUGCCGCUAACCUUUCCGGGGGAGGAUCAUUUAAGUACUUCUUUUCGAUUUUUUCAACAUGGAAAUGCAAAUGGAUAAAAUUAAAAGUUCUAUGCAUAAUGAUGUGUCGCAUUUUUCCUUUCGUACACGCCAACACUGAUGUAGGGGGACGGUGAUGUAAGCCAAGAAGCCAAAAACGCGCUCGGGGACAAGAUAUUAAUAUACAAGCAGGUUGGUGCGUCAAUGCGUACGAGAACUUGCGGGGUACGCAGAACAUCCCCCCGCCGGACGAUGAGUACGACCGUGCGGCGGGCGUUUCGCUGAGCGAUGUGGUGCACGCGGACGGCUCGGUAUUGAACUGAUUUGCUUACUUUUUUUCGUUAUGCGGAUGUUGGAUGUAGCUCUGCAGGUGCGUAUGGUCAUACACCCUUAUGGACGAUUGGUAGUAAGAGUGGGUGGCCGAGAAUCGAAUUAGCAUAGAAGUUCGCGCCUCCGGUUGGGAGAGCGAUGGGCUACCGAGGUACGUCCGGGGGCGUAUCUACAUCAAUCAAUAUCAAUCGAAAUAGAAUAAUAACCAAAAUAAACGCAACAACAAACAGGCCUCUGUUUUGGAGAAGGAGCUGGUGAAGAAGACGGGGAAGGAUAAGAUGGUUGAACAGGAGGAAGCACAAGCGGGCGGCGUGAGCUCUAGCACUAGCGUGCCGACUGGAGAAAUGUUGGAAGCCCGCAUCAGACAACUCGCAAAAAAAACGCCUGCGUUGGAUGAAGAAGACGACCUACCUUUCAUCGACGCGUUAAAACGACUUGCUGAUCAACUCGAAGAAGUGCAAAAGGCGGGAACAAGGAAACUGAGCCCGGAAGAACACGAUAUCAUCGUCGCGAGCACAAGAGCCCAGCGAGCGGCCGUGAUUUACCGCGGCGACCGCUCCGCGACGGACAAUGGUUGGUACUAAUGGCGCCACUGCCGGUGAGGUGACGCAAGGUCGCUCGAGAUUUUUAAUCAUUUUUUGCAAGAGUAAAGAGCAAAGCUGUGCCAAGCUGAUUUACAAAAAAUUAAGUUACGUGAGAUUGACUCAGCCAGGAAUUUACACCCUAAACCUAAUAUAUUAAAUUAAUUUUUUUAUAAAUAUAUUGCUAUUUUCGGACAGUGCCCGAGCCGAAUUCUGAAAGUUUUCCCAUCUGUUUAACGAGUGUGAUAUUUUUUCUGUGCAGAAUUUAGAAUUGUGAAUGCCAACGAUGUUAAUAUUUAAUUAUGUAUGCGAUUUCGCUUUUCAUUCUUGAGGAGCUGACUAGGUCUAGAAAAAUGGAUGUGGUUUAGGUCCUCGUGCAAUAGCUUUCAUGUCCAUGAUUGUACAACCGAAUCGGUUAUUCAGCUAGGAGCGCGCACCAGGAGUUCCUGGAAUUACAAUACAUAGAGUGAGAUGCAUGCAGACAGCGGGCGCAGUACUAUACAGAGGCUUACUUACUCCGCCAACACUUUCUUCUCGAAAUCAAGACCAAAACCAAUGUGAUCGCUCUUCGUCUUCGUCUUCGAAACUAUAAUUAAGAUAUCAGACCCUUCUACUCGUGUUUUUAGCAAGCCAGUUCCUAUUAAUAACUCUUCGCUCGUAGAAUUGUUUAUCUCCUCCUAUUUGGCUCUUCCAAAAAACAAAAAGUAGAUGCGACGUAUGUAUAGAUUUGGCUAUGAUCAUCUAUCAUGUUGAUGUUAAUGAAUAAGAAAAAUGACUCCAUUGUGUUUUGGUUCUAGACCAGUGCCAUCGCACGCAUCAGCCGUAGCUCAGAGCGUUCAUUCUUGCUUGUUCUGUGGCUUCUCUCGGGCGUAUUAAUUCCAAGAUUUUGUUUUGGUGUGGUGGUGGAUUGUUGUGCUGCGGUAUGUUUUGCUUCUUGAUUGGGGGAGGAUGUGGCUCUCACAGCUGCUCACUGAAAAAAUAUAUCAAAAUUCAUAUCGCAUAUUUGCGGAUUCAUAUGUGGUCAUCUUCUUCCACACAGAGCAAAAAGCGUAGCCUCGCGCCAGAGUUAGUUUUAGUCAGUUUCCUCAGUGCUAAGUGCGUGAGCAGGUCCGUGAGAAAUAAAGAGGAAAAGAACAACCAAGACGAACAAGCCGCUGCUCGACUCCCUGGAGUUUGAGCGCGCACUACGAGCUAGCCGGAGCGAUCGCCGCACUAUUAACGCCGGCGACCGCCUGUGCUGCAAAAACAAAACAGCACGCAGCCACAAGAACAACAUCAAAAUAGAUUUAAAUAGAUUCUACCGAGUAACGCUAAUUGUGCAAGACUCUUGUUGGAAUGCACCAUCUACUUACGCAAUCUUCAUGACGCCUGAAAAAU